CCACACGCUAGAACAACAAGAAUAAUAAUAACAGGGCUGAGCAGGAAGGAAUGCGGUUUUACAUCGACACCAUCGUCCGAGAAUAAACAAAAAGAAGAAAAAGAUCUACCGGAAUGGAAGACCUCGGUGAUACUGGACUGUCCUCGAAUUACGGGCCCACGAGGCAGGUUCUGCCCGUCGAAGAUGCAAAUUUUAGGGAACCCGCGUCCCAGGUGCCUGUGAAGAAGCAAGCCGUGAAAAGACACCACCACAAGCACAACCUGAAGCACCGAUACGAAUUCCUGGAGACCCUCGGGAAAGGAACUUACGGGAGAGUGAAGAAGGCAAAGGAAAGAUCCGGCAGGACGGUUGCCAUAAAGUCCAUCAGGAAGGAAAAGAUCAAGGAUGAGCAGGACCUCGUUCAUAUCCGUAGAGAAAUUGAGAUCAUGUCCUCGCUCAGCCACCCGCACAUCAUUACCAUAUAUGAAGUGUUCGAGAACAAGGACAAGAUAGUGAUCGUGAUGGAGUAUGCCAGACGAGGCGACCUUUACGACUACAUCUGCGAGAAGCAGAGGAUUUCCGAACAGGAGGCCAGGGGCUUCUUUAGACAAAUCGUAUCGGCUGUGCAUUACUGCCAUCGGAAUGGAAUAGUGCACCGGGACCUGAAACUGGAGAAUAUCUUACUGGAUGGGAAUGGCAACAUUAAGAUUGCUGACUUUGGCCUGUCCAAUCUUUACCAUGGUGAUGAAUACUUGCAGACCUUCUGUGGCAGCCCUCUGUAUGCCUCUCCAGAGAUUGUCAAUGGACGGCCUUACAGAGGACCAGAGGUGGACACUUGGUCCCUUGGUGUGCUGCUAUACACCCUGGUUCAUGGUGCCAUGCCAUUUGAUGGAAACAACCACAAAAAUCUGGUCCAGCAGAUCAGCACUGGGAACUACCGCAAACCUACCAACCCCUCAGAUGCAUGCGGGCUUAUUCGCUGGAUGCUUAUGGUUAAUCCUGAGCGCAGAGCUACGGUCGAGGAGAUUGCGGGACACUGGUGGGUGAAUUGGGGUUACCAGCAGCCCUUGCUGGCUGAGCGUAAGGCGGCGGCAGUGGGGCAGACCGCUUCGUCAGCCUCUCCGUCCACGCAGCAGCCUGGCGGACUUGCCAGCAUUGCCGGUUGGCUGCGCCGCACAUCCAGGCCCCUCCUGGAGAAUGGCUCAAAGGUGCGUUGCCUGCUGCGCUCCCAGGGAGGCGGAGGAGAUGUAGUGCGGCAGCGCUCGUUGCGGAGGUCCCGAAAAGAGAACAACGUCUCUCAGGGUGCACACGAUGGGGCGACCGAAACUCGACCCACCAAGAGCAUUCUGAAGAGACGCAACAGUUUGAAACAGAAAGGAAUCAGUGAAGCCGUACGCUUGGGGCCAGUCGAGCCACAGAACAUUUUUGCCUCAUCCACACAAGUUGAAGCCCCUUCACCAGCGCUGAUGCCUCGCAAAGGUAUCCUGAAAAAGCCAACAGAGCAGGAGUCAGGGUACUACUCUUCCUCUCCAGAGAGCGGCGAUUCUGCUAAGAUACAAGCUUGUGACUGCCCCUCGGCAUCAACCCAUAGGAAAGGCAUCCUGAAGCGCAAUGGGAAGUUCUCCACAGGCGGGCUGCAGGAGUUUGGCUCUCUGGACCAGCUGGCUGCUUCUUUGCCCCGUAGCAUUUCCAGGGCAAGGCCGAGUGGGGCAAUCAGCGAGGACAGCAUUCUGUCCUCAGAAUCUUUCGAUCAGCUGGAUCUACCUGAUCGUAUGGGACCCCCGACACCGAUCAGUCAACCAGCAAAGGGUAGUAUGAGGGGGUGUGUGUCUGCCGACAACCUCCUAGACAUACAAGAGGACACAAUACUUGGGGAAGGUCUGUUGAGGCCCUGGAACUGCUAUGAGUCUGGAGUGGCUGAUAGUGCUUUUUCUAUCACAGACUGUGAGAAUGUAACAGAGGCUUAUAAACAGGCUAUGGUCAUAAGAAGUGCUCCAGCAAGUUAAGACCAUUGUGCAGCAAAAUUACUGGCACAUGACCUGGUAGUGGAAUGAAUAUAUAUUUAUAUCUAUAUAUCUAUAUAUAUCCUUGGCCAAAGUUUGCUAUGUGGUAUAAGCUGCAAGAUGGAGGUGAUAACUGUUCAUACUUGAGAAAUUGUACAGUACCAAAAUGGGGGAAUUGGUUCAUAUCAAACUGCUUGUUGAGAUGAAUAAGGAACACUGACUCGUGAGUUUACAAUCUAGAUGAUCAUUAAAAAGCCUUACUUGGUUGUAAAACCUUGGCGGUGCUAGAUGAGUUUCUUCAAAGCUGUUAAAUUACUGUCUCAAUUUCAACAGGGAUUUUUUUUAAAUGGCAGUGAGAUCUUUUUUUUUUGUCUCAGAAGUUCCCACAAUUUUUAAACGGUAUCUUAAAUUCACCCCAAAGUCAAAUGACGUCGUCAAACAGUUGUUUUUGGAGCUGCUGUAUUGAUCGUGUGUAGGAGACUGUGACAGGACCAAGGUUCAGUAUCUGGUGGUAUAUUUGUGUUGUCCGGUUUACAACUGUUAGUAUUACGAAAAAGCUCAUUUAGUCGUUUGAGUCUAAAUUUGCUUGUGUUAAUAGUCAGCCUCUGACUGUCAACAGAGCGGCUGGAGAAAGUGUUUGCUUACUGUGUAAUGGAUAAGAGAUGUGUCUCGCCUCUUCGAAUACCAGCGUCAGGCAGAGAGGCUCGUGUCCACAAGCACUGUGUUCGAACCCUUGCUUUGCAAGGCUAAUUGUCCAACGUUACGGUAAUAACACUUGAAUUCAGUUUUAGGAAGGGUUUUGUGACUUCUCUUGACUUGAGGAAAAAGGAUUCAUUGAUUGAUACCAAAGUGUGAGCAUGAAAAUGUCAUGUAAGGCUGUUAGACAGCAGUAGAAAAUAUUAUGUAGAUAAUGACAGUGCCAAGAAGACUUUAAUAUGCAUCAGGGACUCAGUCAAAUAACUGAUUUUGUUUGGAUUUUACUCAUUUCGCUAAAAGAAUGAGAAAUUACUUGAAUUAUAUUUAUCAUACACUGAUUCACGACAAGGGAAACCUGUUGAACCUGCACAGCCUUCGCUCCCAACUUCCUAGUAAAGUUGAGGCUCAUGACAUAUUUCGUUUCGAUAUAUGGCGUAGUUUUGGAAAGUUACGUAUUCAAACGGUCAUGGCAUUAAAAAGAUUGAAGUCCGCAGUUCAUUUUCAGACAGCUAAGCCACCUCCAGUGUGGUGCAGUUAAUAUUUAACAUUUUUUGGUGUAACUAGAAGACCAUAAACGGAGUUCAUCCGAAAGUUUAUCACUUGCAUGGGCCGUUGUGAAGUCGUGUUUCACUUUCUGCUUUACUUGUGGCUACAGGCAGGCACAGACAGGGACAGCAACGAGGAACACUGCUGUAAAGUCUGGGGGUUUCAAAGCUACAUUGGUGCCCUGAUCUUGUCGAAUAAUCCCAACACCGUGCCAACAAAAGCACUUUAUGACAGCAUGAGAACUCGACACCAUGCAAUUCAUCGGCCUUGUUUGAAUAAUUAUUUGAUGCUACAAAGACAUGUUUCACAAGACCACACCCAGAGGCUGCACUGUAGUGUUGCUGCUCCAUAACUGGAAUGUAAGACGAGUUCUCUAGAAAUGCUAAAUCAGGUAUUUUAUUUUUUUGCAUACCCUGAAGCUCAUCCAGAAUUUCAUGUGUAUAUGUUUGCAAAUGUACAUUCACAUAAGAUAGAAAAUGCGCUCAGUUCCGAGUGGAAGUUUUUGUAUUGGAGGAAAACGAGGGGUGGACUGAGCUGUGAUGACUGUCAGUGAUGGCUUAUGGGAUCUCAGUGCUGCAUUAAUGUUCUGUUGGAAAUGAAAAUAUCAUCAGCAUACAGAAAUACAGCAGUAAAGUGGCUCUUUUUUUAAAUUUGCAAGGAUACAAUAUGCCACAUUAUCGUCGCGUUGAUGUUUUUUUCUUUAGUUGAUGUAGUUAUCACACAUAACUGGACAAAAAAUAACCGGUAAGCUGCUUCAGAGAUCUUUUUUGUUAUCCUUUCUUGAGGAACAACUGUAUUCACCAAAGUUACCAGCUCAUAUUGUUCAUUUAUUACCCUGUGCUUUGUUCGAUUGAUGACCUGUGUGAGGAAACCAAUUAAAAACACAAACUUAAGUGCUGCCUUAUGGUGUUCAUGACCUAGUUAAACCCGUGAUGAUGGCGUCUUAUCUUAACCGCUGGUUACUAAUUCAAGGGGAAUGCAAUACAACAAUGACAUCAAACAGCUUGUGUUUCUCUGUCUCUCCAGAAUGUACCAGCAAUCAGUGCCAAGAUAAUGACAGUUCGGUGAUUAAAAUCAAGAGGAAGUAUAUUUUAUUGGGUCAUAUGAAUUAAAACUUUACCCUUUACAAAUUAAGCAAG